CAGUGUGUUUCUUUUUUUACAUGUCUAUGUCUCCCAGCCAAAGACCAGUCCUCUCAGGGGGAUGAAGAGAAAGAGCCUCCAAAGAGCCACCCCUACUCCGUGGAGACCCCAUAUGGCUUUCAUUUAGACCUGGACUUCCUCAAGUAUGUGGAUGAUAUUGAGAAGGGAAACACCAUCAAAAGAAUUCCUAUCCACAGACGGGCCAAGCAGGCCAAGUUUAGCACUUUGCCCCGAAACUUCAGCCUUCCCGACAGUGGGGCUCGCCCUCAUGCUGCUCUUCCCCACCAAAACUGGUCCCCAGUGGUGCUGAGGAAGGUGUCCCUCGGGACAGAGGAGCGAGCUCAGUCACUACCGCUUGGCGAUCACCCCCAAGCCUCCGCCAGUGGGGGUGAGGUGAGCUAUCACAGGAAGGCCCUAUUGGCAGAGACCGUUAGACAUCUGGAGGCUGCCGCUCCCCGGGAGACCGAGCUCGCCUCCGGGAGCGGACGGCCCCAACUGUUGAGAGCGUCCAGCAUGCCAGCCACACUGCUGCAAACCAGGGCCUCAGAGGACCCCAGCCUAAAUUCAAGUCCCCCUUCACCGCCCGCUCUCCCUCCACUUCUGGGCGAAGGCAGUGUCUGCGAUGGUGCUUUUGGCCCCGCAGAAGGAUUUUCAGGUUUUCACAACUCCACCCCACGAGCAGCAACCCAACAAAAAAUCAAAGAGUUUGGAAACCUGGUGUCAGGGAUUCCUGAGCUGGUCCAGGAGGGGGCUGAGCCUCCAGAGGGUGUAAAAGAGGUUCCACAUCACCUCUCUUUCCCAACUGCUCCUUUUCCACCCCAGAAUGCACUUGUAGUUCUAGAGGAUGCAGCAGACGAACAUGAAACCAGAGAAGCACAGGUGGUGGUCACUCCUGGCUCCCCAACACCAAGCCUCCCACCUCUGCCGUCACCCAUCCCUGAGAAUGAGCUCCCCUUGGAAGAAAUCGAGCUCAGCAUCAGCGAGAUCCCACCCCCACCACCAGUAGAGGUAGACGUGAGAAGCAUUGGUAUCCGGGUCACGGAGGAAAGCCUGGGCCUCGCCACGGUGGAUACCGGCAGCAUCUCUAGCCUCAAGCAGCAACUCUCCGACCUUGAGGGAGAGUUGUCUGGAAGAACUGAGGAACUGGCCCAGGUCAGAGCUGCCCUCCAGCAGCAAGAGGAGGAAAUCAAGGCUAGGGAGGAGAGGAUUCAAGAGCUAGAGUGCACUGUAGCUCAACUGACAGAAAAGCUUAGCCACGAGAACACCAAAGUCGCUCAGGGCCAAACCGAUGCCGUGGUCAAUACUGACCCUCUCCACGGAUUCUUGAGCAGGGAGUUGUGUGACAAGAGCAUUGGGGUCAACCUUCUGAGCAGCACAGGAUCUGAAAGCUGGGGGGCCAGAGGAGAGGAGAACGGCCUCCUAUGUGGGCAGGACAGUCACAAACAGGGGGAUCAGAGCCCAGCAGCAUUUGUGCCACCAUCCAGGUUGUCACUGCCACAGGGACCCAAGAUGGUCCUCGCCUCCUCAUUACAUAGCUGCCUCUCCACUGAGCUCAGGAUUGAAGAAGCAGGCUCUGAGCCAGAGGGAGACCCUCAGGUAGGAGCCGAGGGUCUGGUCAGGGGGGCAGGUAGCUCUUCAUGGAGCAGUGACAUAAAGACCACCUCCAGUGAGGAGACCAGUGGUGAGGACAGCUCCCCAGAAGACGUGUCUGACAGCGAGACUGAGAAGAAAUGUGAUGGCCCAGAACAUAAGCAGGGCAAGAAUGCCCACCCCAGCUGCAAGGGAGGACAGGUCAUCUCCGAGGGCACCUGCAGCACAGGCCAGGAAAAGAUGUCCCCGUCGACCAGCCUUAAAUCCAUAAUGAAAAAGAAAGACUAUGGCUUCCGUGCAGGAGGUAAUGGGACCAAAAAGAACCUUCAGUUUGUUGGGGUUAACGGUGGCUACGAGACCACCUCCAGUGAGGAGACCAGUGGUGAGGACAACUAUAGCGUGUCCCACUCCAACUUCUCCAUCGUGAAGCUACUGCUGGAGACAGGAGUCUGCAAUGUAGACCAUCAGAACAAAGCUGGCUAUACCGCCGUGAUGAUCACUCCCUUGGCUUCUGCGGAGACAGAUGAAGACAUGGCUGUCGUCUGGAAGCUCUUAAGAGAAGGGAAUGUGAACAUCCAAGCUACCCAGGGAGGCCAGACCGCGCUGAUGCUGGGAGUCAGUCACGACAGGGAGGAUAUGGUUCACGCGCUACUGAGCUGCCAGGCAGAUGUCAACCUGCAGGACCAUGGUGGAUCGUCGGCCCUCAUGCUGGCCUGUCGCCAUGGCAAUGCCGACAUGGUGCGGCUGCUCCUGGCACACCCGGCCUGCGACAGCAGCCUCACUGACAAGGCUGGCCAAACAGCUUUGUCCAUCGUUCUGGAAACACCCGCCCACUUGGAAAUUGCAGGGCUUCUGCAGGCCCACGCAGAGCAGGGCAGGUCCCUGGGGCUAUAGGGGCUGCGGAAGGACUGGCAGCCCGGAACAAAAGGCUUCUUCUCUGGACGCCUCCCUCGCCCUUGGAGAGGGCAUGGGUCAUAGCUAGAGGGCCUCCCCUCAAGAGAAGAAGCUAUGUCAAAUAUGCACACACAUUCCUGUUGUAUAAUUCUGCUCACUAGGAUGCUUUGUAGUUUUGCCUUAGGCCAAGCCCCCAAACAAUGCGGGCUGCAGAGCAGGGUGCUAGGUGCUGGGUUGCAUUGGUGUCAUCUAAAAUCCCACACACACACAUCUUCAGCCUGGAAUUGCUCGUGACUCUACCCUUUGUAGCACCGCUUAGCGAGCAGGCAGGCAGGAGCACAUUAGAAAAGCAAUACUUUUUACAUGGAAUUUCAAAGUGCGUCAUCUUUUUGUUUUUUUAAUCAAUUAUAUAGGAAUAUGUCGCCUUGGAUAUGCAUGUCUGAGAGGAUGGGGGGAGAUUUAAGCAGCCGUCCUGUCCUGGCAAUCAUUCUCUAGGAGACCCUAGGAGAAUCACUGCGCAGGCAGGUGAAACUGAACAAACUCCACUUGGAGCCCUUGUUCAGUUGGGGUUGACUGGCUUCAGUGCCAGCUAUACAGUCUUGACCAUUUCCAAGUCAUCGAGUGGCUCCAUUUUACUCCAGGGAACUUGGAGUUCACCAGGAAAUCCAAUCCAGUAAAGCACACCACAUAUAUUUAGGCAGAGCCCAAUUACAUAGGCUAUUUUGAAAGAAGCAAAUAAAUUGAGUGAGCGUCCUCCUGGGGAUGGGUUAUUGUCAUCCAGAAGCCACAUUUCUGCCAUAGCCAUAUACAUGGCCUCAUGGUGAUCUCAGCCUAUUUCCCCUCAUAACCUUUAGGAGCAAACUAUGAGCCCUCUGCGUUUAAGGUUUCUGAGGCCACAGACCGCAGCCAGAGGGUGGGAGUCCGCAGAGCAGGGCCCGCCCUGGGCUAACAUCUCUCUCCACUAGACAGUUCUUUUUUAAACUUCCGUAAUCCCAGGGCCCACAUAUGCAUGGCUCAUAUGCAGUAACUCGCACAGGGCUAUCCACAAAUUUUUUCUUUCUUAAAGUCUCUUAUGCACAAAAUCACCUUAUAUAAAAAAAGAAAGACAUCAAGUACCUACUGUGAGCCUCACAUUGGAAGCACAAAAGCUCCAGUUCUUAUUUUGACUGAGAGGCCAGUUUGCUUGGUGCCCCUUGAGUCAGGAAACUUCCCUGGGACUCAGUUUCAUUGUCUUUAAAAACAGAUAUUAUCUUACAACCUACCUCCUGGGGAUGCUCUGUAAGGCACAGCUGAUGGAAGUUGUGGAAUCCACAUUUAAUCCAUAAAAGCUGUGGUGUACAGAAGUUUGCCACUGGGAUUAGUAAGAGAGGCUGGAAGUCCCAGAGAAGGACAGUGGCAUGUGACCGUGUUGCUCAGAGGUGGAGAGAAUGGAGCAAGUAAUUAGCUGAAAAUACUCUAAAUGGAUUUAUUUUGACCUCAAAGCACAUUUGAAGAGCAAAACCCUACAUUAAUAAAUGUCCCACCUCAGCGCUUCUCAAACUUUGAUGUGCAGACAUCACCUGGAGAAUGCAGUAGGUCUGGGAAGGGGAGGGGGCCUGAGAAUCUGCAUUUCUAACCAGCUCCCGGGGGGAUGCCAGUGAUUCUAGGCCACACCACACUUGGAGUAGCAAGACCCUGGCUUUUGACUGUUUGUAUAUUAAAAUGCUGCCCUUCAA